AUGAAUCUAAUUUCAUAUGGAUUUCGUCGCUUGGCAUCUAUUUUGCAAAAAGAUAUAUUUGCUGAUCGUAAUGUUCAUUUUAUAUUCGUCCCUGGUCCAGAUGAUCCUUCACUGAAUUCGAUAUUGCCACGGCCACCAUUACCAUUUCAACUUUUCGAACUAAUGAGAGAUGUACCGAAUUGUUCGUUUGCAUCAAAUCCAUGUCGUAUACAAUAUACCAAUCAAGAAAUUGUCAUCAUGCGUCAUGAUUUGGUUGAAAAAAUGUGCAGAAAUAGUAUUCAUAUGCCGUCAACUACUGCCGACAUUCCAGAACAUUUCUGUCAUACAAUCGCUUCCGUUGGACACUUGUCGCCACUACCACUACACAUAUCACCUGUUAUUUGGCAAAUGGAUAGCUACCUUACACUGUAUCCUUUACCAGAUCUCGUUGUCAUCGCUGAUAAAUUCGAACAUUUUCAUUACCAAUUGGAAAAUACUUUGUUUGUUAAUCCAGGGUCCUUCGCUCGUACUGACCUCAAUUUUUAUGUAUAUUACCCAGCACUGCGUACGGUUGAGGUAUGUUCUGCUGAUCAGAAUGCUACUGGAGCUCCUGAAUAA